AUGGAGACUUCGGUGGUGUGGUGCGCUCGGGACUCGGGAGGCCAGAAGAGGAAAGUUUGGUUGGAUAAAGGCACAGGAAAAGCUUGUGUUUUGAUAUCUUCCAAUGGAUUAGCGAUAACUGGGAUUGACGAUCGUAGAUACUGGAGUUGGAUUUCUACAGAGGAAUCCAGAUUCCGUUCAGUUGCUUAUCUCCAGCAAAUUUGGUGGUUUGAAGUCGAUGGUGAGGUCGAGUUUCCUUUUCCUUGUGGGACCUACACCCUCUACUUCCGCCUACAACUUGGGCGGUCAGGCAGGCGGUUUGGGCGGCGUGUCUGCAACUCUGACCAUGUUCAUGGUUGGGAUAUAAAACCUGUGAAAUUUCAGCUUUCAACUUCAGAUGGGUACGGCUCUAAACAUUUUCUAUGUAAUGGACGCGAUUGGAAACCCGGUAUUACUUGGACAUUAUUGCUUGAUAAUGGAGCUGAUGUUAGUUCAGAAGCCGAAAAGCAACGAGUGAUCAUGUGUUUAAAAGCCGCGGUUGAAAGAAGGGCACCCGAGGGUGUGCGUCUCGAGCUAUUCAAAGCCGACAAACCCGGACUGUUGGCCCAAGUGACACGAACGUUUAGAGAAAACGCGAUGAACGUAGCACAGGCCGAGAUAUCUACAACAAUGGGUAUGGCUCUAAACAUUUUCUAUGUAACGUACGCGAUUGGAAACCCGGUGUUACUUGGACAUUAUUGCUUGAUAAUGGAGCUGAUGUUAAUUCUAGGAAUUAUUGUGGUCAGGUCCAUAUUCAGACUUGCUACUCUACUAUCAUGGCUAGCUCUCUUAGUGUGAAUACAUCGGGAAUUGCUGUUGGCAACCAAAUGGUCCUUGCUGACCUCCGUGAAGGGAGUACCGGCCCCAUCACGGUUAUGGUUUGCAGAAAGUGGGACGUCACAAGUGUCAAUGGACGCUACAUGAGCACCGACUAUGUCGUCAGUGAUAUAAAGGGAGGUGUGAUGCAUUGUACCGCCCGAAAUAACAUUGCACACUACUUCUUUGACAAGCUCAAAGAGGGCGGGAUAUAUUUACUCAAGGGUUUUAUAGUCCAGAGCACCGAUCAAUACCGGAUUCUAAAAGACAGCCCCUUUGUUAUCGGGUCGAAUGGCUCCACGACUGUUAAGAGGGUUGACGAUGCCAGUGGUUCAUUUACGCGCUACCCGUUCUUACUUACGGCGUUUGAGGACCUCGAACCAACAGAGGGCAAGUAUUUUGUAGGU